AUCUCGCAGCUGUUCAAGCUGGGCUCGCAGGCGUACGAGGACCUGAAGCAGUUCUCGAUGUGCGUGGAGGAGGCGCUGUUCCGCCUGGCGGCGCACCGCGACCGCGCGCUCUCCUACAAGACGGAGGAGGUGCAGGUGACGGCGGUGGACGAGCUCUACGUGGAGCAGGACGCCUUCGGCCGCGUCGAGAAGCAGGUGGCGCGCGUGCGCCUCUUCUUCCUCGGAUUCCUCGCAGGCAUGCCGGACGUGGAGCUGGGCAUCAACGACCUGUGGCGCCAGGGCAAGGAGGUGGUGGGGCGGCACGACAUCAUCCCGGUGGUGACGGAGGAGUGGAUCCGCCUGGAGGACGUGGAGUUCCACACGUGCGUGCAGCAGGACGAGUACGAGAAGUCGCACCUCAUCAGGUGA